AUGGCGUUCCUUCUGUUACCCACGGAGAUAAAGUCCGGGGCCAGGAACGUCCGCACUCUGAGGCGGUGCGCUUGGUUCAUGUACGUCGUCCUGGUGUGCGCUUUCAUCGGCUACGCAGCCACUGUGUUCUGGCUGGCGUACAGGAGCCGGAAUGUGCCGGCCGUCUCCUUCGACUACAAGGUGGAACUCACGCAGCUGCCAAACAUUUACAUAUGCCCGUAUGCAUUCUUCAGCUCCUAUGCAACCACGCUGCCGAUCACAAGCAUGACAGGCUCGUGCAACAGAUAUUUUCCCAAGCAAGUGCCAGGGCCGGGGGCCACCGGUUUGACAACCGGUUUGACCCGCGGGUCAGUCAAUUGGGCGCUGGGCAAUUCCAGGCGCGAUGCGUCGAAGACCUUCGAGUACAAGGGCGAUACAGAUAGCGACUACGAGGUGGAAGGCGUUGAGCUGCCCUCGCCCGAUUUUUCACAUGAGGGCCAAAACAACACAGUGCUAGGGAGCAGCCUAUGCCUGCGCUACAACACUAGUAGGUUCAGUUUCACACCGGAGUUGAUUGCGAGCACCUUCCAAGGCGUCUUCAUGAGCUUUUACUGGACUCUACCGCCCGUGGCCCCGCUUAAUGGUUACACAAGGGGCGCGAAUGUGUUAGCGGCAUUUUCGGACGAUGGAGUGCGCAGAGGGGAGUAUGAUUUCCCUGGUUCGAUCAUCAGCGGAGGUGGCAACGAUCAGGUAGAGUUGUCCCUGACUGUGCGGACGUACCUGAACGGAUCCGAGAAGGUGUCUGGAAGUAUCGCGACUACCCACCAGGAUUACGUAACUUCUUUCAACAGCACCUAUGGAAUCGACUUUCCGGCAUCUGACUACUUUUAUGCGGCGCUAACUCUUAACCCGCAAGGACGGUUGCACAUAACGGAGAAGAGCCCCAUCAAUUGGACCAUCAUUCUCUCACAAAUUGUAGCGGGCUGGUCGCUUGUCACGGCCAUUUUUGGCAUGUUCUUCGCUUACGACCUACGUCGUGAAUGGGCUCUCCCGUGGCCGGCGCAUUUUAAGGAGAUUGUCACAAGCGACGAGGAACUGAAGGGCGGUUCAUUAGAGACGAUUCCGAUGAGGCGCAUGAGUCAUGUGCCAAACUUAUAUCCAACCACUUCGAGCCACGUGUAGAACCAAUCAUGCUCCACCCGCAUCCAAUAAUUUGAUAAGUAUCAAGCAGCAAAGUACUGCACAUCAAUUUCCGUAUAGGGACUGUCAAAAGAAGUGACCCUCGACAAUACUUCCAACUAGUACUGAGUAGUUUAGAUUACAAGAUUACGUCAAAGGUUCUUCCAACUAAUUUUCGCAAAGCUUUUUCUCUCUAGAAUCCUUUAUAAGGCUCGAAUUGAAGUUUCUAAUACCCGAUAACUUGCAGAGAGAGAAGGUAGCCGAAGUGCUGAUUUCCUUAAAGCAGCGUACUUAAGAAGACAUGCCGGAUGUCUUCAAUCGAUUAAGUCAAUCAUGAAGAUCAC